AUGAGGCAUCACGAUCUGCCUGACCAAGCUGUUGGAAAUGGUCGUUCCGCACCUGGCCCUCCGAACGAUACGGAACUCGAACCAGACACAGACCAAACCCCGCGGCCGCCGAUGGAUUCGCGAUCGACAUCGUCGUCCGGCUCACCCACCCCAGCGGAACGUGAAGAGCAAGAAUACGACCUCUACUUUGGCUUGAAUGAUUCCCAGUCUUCUCUUCCAGUUCCGAAUUUGAAGGAUAUGCACGUUGUGGACGAAUACCUCCCGCCCGUUCAUUGUCUACCUAACGAGAUCUUGAUCGCGAUCUUCUCCAGGCUAGGUACCACCACUGAUCUCCUCCACGUUAUGUUAACUUGCAAGCGAUGGGCUCGCAACGUCGUUGAUCUCCUGUGGCAUCGUCCCGCGUGCACUACCUGGGAGCGGCAUUCCUCGAUCUGCAGGACUUUAGGCUUGGAGAAUCCUUAUUUUUGUUAUCGCGACUUCGUCAAACGCCUUAAUUUGACCGCUAUCGCCCCGCAGAUCAACGAUGGCAGCGUUCUCCCUUUCCAGGACUGCACCCGUAUCGAGCGUCUAACGCUCGCAGGCUGCCGGAACUUGACCGACUCAGGCCUCAUUCCUCUUGUUGAGAACAACAACCAUCUUGUGUCGCUUGAUAUUUCUCUAGGCGAUCAGAUCACCGAACAGUCAAUCUAUACCGUCGCUAAACACUGCCCACGUCUGCAAGGCUUGAAUAUCUCCGGGUGUACCAGGAUCUCGAAUGAAAGCUUAAUUGAACUGGCUCAGCGUUGCCGCUAUCUCAAGAGGUUGAAACUUAAUGAGUGCACCCAAGUAACCGACAAGACUGUGCUUGCCUUCGCCGAGAACUGUCCCAAUAUUCUCGAGAUUGACCUUCAGCAAUGCCGACUGGUUGGAAAUGAGCCCAUCACUGCAAUCUUCACCAAGGGCCGGGCUUUGCGUGAGCUUCGACUUGUUGGAUGCGAAAUGAUUGAUGAUGGUGCGUUCCUUGCGCUUCCUCCGAAUAAGAAGUAUGACCAUCUUCGCAUCUUGGACCUCAGCUCUUGCAGCAGGAUCACGGACCGUGCUGUCGAAAAGAUAAUUGAAGUAGCGCCGCGCAUUCGCAAUGUGGUGUUGCAGAAGUGUCGCAACUUGACCGACGCUGCUGUCUAUGCAAUAUCACGAUUGGGCAAGAACCUUCAUUUUCUCCAUCUCGGCCACUGUGGUCAUAUCACAGACGACGGGGUCAAGCGCUUGGUGUCGGCAUGCACCCGUAUUCGUUACAUUGAUCUCGGCUGCUGCCAACACUUGACAGACGAGUCUGUAAAGUUGCUCGCCAAUCUGCCAAAGCUCAAGCGGGUUGGCCUUGUGAAGUGCACCAACAUUACAGAUGCAAGCAUUAUCGCUUUGGCAGAAGCCAAUCGCAGGCCACGUGUGCGCAGGGAUGAGAAUGGGAAUGCGUACACCAUUCCCGGGGACUACACAACUAGUUACAGCAGUCUCGAGAGAGUUCAUCUCAGUUACUGCACAAAUUUGACGCUCAGGAGCAUCAUUCGAUUGUUGAAUUAUUGCCCACGGCUGACUCAUCUCAGUCUGACUGGGGUUCCCGCAUUCCUGAGACGAGAUCUAGCGGUAUUUUCCAGAGAUGCACCGCCAGAGUUUACCCAGCAUCAGCGUGAGGUGUUUUGCGUAUUUUCCGGCCAGGGUGUCGUCAAUCUGCGGGAGUACCUGAACAGCUCUGAGGUGCAAGAAAUGCACCAGUUUGAUGAUAUGGGCGUCUCUAACCAAGCUGGCGGCCCUGUCUUUACCACUAACCCUGCUUCGGCUCAAGGAAUUCCUCCUCUCCUUCAAACUGCCGAUGGUGGGUUCGAGGAUGGUGAUGCCGACGCUGUGGUUGACGAUGACGACGGUGUCGAUGUGUCGGAGAUGAUCAUCGAUGGACAGCCACUCCCAAAUCAUCAAGUCGGACUGGGGCUCAAUACCGCCGCCGCCGCCGCCUCACCACUCCCGCCCCCUCCUUUAGUUCCUCCCUCAGGUCGAACAAACCCCACACCCCUUGAUUACGUUGCCGAGUCUUCAGCGGCGGCGGCGGCUGCGGCGGCUGCAUUAUUCCCGCAGCACUUCUUACCUCCGAUCGACCAAACCGGACCGGUCUUGGUAUCUGCACCAAUGUCUUCAACUCAUCAAGCGGCCCUAACGGUGAAUGAUGAGGCAGUUGAUGUUAGCCUGGCCAUGGCUAUAAACUCAGCCAUGAACACACCAAUUGCCGAGGAGCAGACUGCUCCAGGAGCUGAGCAGCAUGGUUUAUCCAUGUCGGCUGUAACUUCGUCUCUACCCCGCCAGAAUGCUCCAAGGAAUGUUUAG